CAGCCUGCUGGAUUUGAUUUAGCAGACAUGGGGAGCAAGACUCUGCCAGCACCAGUUCCUCUCCACCCAUCACUUCAGUUGGCCAACUGUUCCCUCAUCCAGAGUUCAACAGGUCUUCAGCUGCCUGCAGAUCAUUUUCACAGCAUCUACAGCUUUAGCGCCCUGCAUGCCGUCCACCUUCACCAGUGGACCCUGGGGUACCCAGCUUUUGCCCUGCCCCGCUGCACCAUCUCUAAGCUGCCUUCCCAGAUUUCCUGUAUGGCAUCCAUCCCCAUUUUCCCUCACCUUCUGCCACCUAAGCAAGACUCGGCAGGGUUGCUACAGACCUUCAAAAACAAGCCUCGCUUUGACUUUGCCAACCUGGCAGCAGCAGCAACCAAAGAGGAUCAGUUAGAGGUGGAGGACCUGAGCAUGACAGUGAGCGCUAGUGCUUCUGCAGCACAGGCAUCAUCUCCACACCUGACCGCAGCCAGCCUGGGAUGCAUGCUUGAUGUGACCAAACUUACUUCACCAGAGCGCAAGUCUAGUCGAGGCCGACUGCCUUCAAAGACCAAGAAAGAAUUUGUCUGCAAGUUCUGUGCCCGACAUUUUACCAAAUCCUACAACCUUUUGAUCCACGAGAGGACACACACAGAUGAGAGGCCAUAUACAUGUGAUAUCUGUCACAAGGCCUUCAGGAGACAGGAUCACCUCAGGGACCACAGGUACAUCCAUUCUAAAGAAAAGCCCUUUAAAUGUCAGGAGUGUGGAAAGGGCUUCUGUCAGUCCAGGACUCUGGCCGUCCACAAAACAUUACACAUGCAGAUCAAGGAACUGAAGCCAGCCAAGAUCAAGUGAUUCACUCAACAGGGACCAGGGCACUGAACGAAGACCAAAGAAAACAUGAGU